CUACCAUUUAAUUUACGAUAAUUGUCUAUUUAUAUCCAACUACAUAUGUUGUGUUGGCGACUCUACAAAAACAGUAAUACCGAAUUCGUCCUCAAAAAUGGAACGUUGGGUAGGAAAAGUCGCCAUCGUUACUGGCGCUAGUUCUGGAAUAGGGGCUGCAAUAGCAGAAGCACUAGUCAAAGAAGGACUAAUUGUGGCUGGAUUUGCUAGACGAAAGGAAAGGAUAGAAGAACUUGCGAAAAAACUACAACAAGCUAAUGCUAAGGGAAAACUUCACGCGGUCAAAGUUGACAUGACGAAAGAAAACGAAAUAAUUGAUGGGUUCAAUUGGGUUAAGAAAAAUCUCGGGCCAAUACACGUCCUUGUAAAUAAUGCAGGGGUUGCUAGAAACAAUACAUUAAUUAAUGGUGAUACACAGAAAUGGAAAGAUGUAUUUGACACCAACGUGAUAGGGUUAAGUAUAGCAACUAGAGAAGCUGUUAAAGACAUGAGGGCUAACAAAGUAGACGGUCAUAUCAUUCAUAUAAAUAGUAUUGGAGGUCAUAAGGUUUUGAACUUCUCUGGUGCCAAUGUUUAUCCUGCCAGCAAGUAUGCUGUGACAGCCCUAAGUGAAACUUUGAGGCAUGAAUUUAUCCAAAAUAAAUUAAAAAUUAAAAUAACAAGUUUAAGUCCUGGACACGUAGAUACGGAGUUGCGUGAUGCAGCUGGAUAUAAACUUGACCCUACCUCGCCUUUCGCCAAGGUCAAAGGUUCGAAUGCGGAAGAUAUAGCAAACGGCGUUUUGUACGUCCUGGGCACCCCUCCUCACGUGCAGAUCCAGGAAUUGACAAUCGCAGGGAUAGACGAGCCGUAUUGAUUAUCAUUUAGAUUAUCUUAAUAUUAAUUUAUUCGAUAUUUGUAUUUUGUUUUGUUUUAUUCUAUUUAUUGUAAGUCUCUAAUUAAGAAUCAAAUAGAUAUUUUUGAAAUUUA